CCUUCUCUCUUCUUUAAUUACACACACACACACACACACACAACCUACUCCUUUCUUUUGUCAAUCUCUCUUUUUGAAGCCCACAUAAAAAGUUUUUUGAGUCCAUACCAUUCGAGAUUUGCAGUUUUUGAGAGAUUCUUGAAUGGUCUUGGCUUCUGGUCAAUGCAAUAGGUUCCGGUUUUGGAAGUUCUAACUAGUUUUUAGACCAAGUUUUUUUUUCUUGUUGAAUUCACUAUCUAAAUUUGCAUUUAAGGCAAAUUUCUGGCUUCUGGGUAUUGGUUAAAUUCUUGUGACUAAAUUCUGAGGGGGUUAGUGGGGGUUUAAUACUUUGAUCAUAAGAAAGUCGAGUUUCAAAGGAAAAUGAUUCAGUUCUACAAUGGGUACAACCUGUGGAAGUUGUGCUUGAUUCUUGGUAGAUUGAGAUAAUGGGAGGGGCUUCACUGCCACCGGGAUUUCGUUUUCAUCCAACUGAUGAGGAAUUGGUAGGGUAUUACCUGCAUAGGAAAGUUGAAGGGCUUGAAAUUGAGCUUGAAGUGAUCCCCGUGAUCGAUUUGUACAAAUUCGAUCCAUGGGAGUUGCCAGAGAAGUCAUUCCUGCCGAAACGAGAUAUGGAAUGGUUCUUCUUCUGUCCCAGGGAUCGUAAGUAUCCCAAUGGUUCGAGAACAAAUAGAGCCACUCAAGCUGGCUACUGGAAGGCUACUGGCAAAGACCGGAAAGUUGUCUGUCAAUCUGCCGUGACUGGGUAUAGAAAGACUCUCGUUUUCUAUCGCGGACGGGCUCCUUUAGGAGACAGGACAGACUGGGUAAUGCAUGAGUAUCGCCUCUGCGAUGAUCUUUCUCAAGGAUCACCCAAUUUUAAGGGUGCUUUUGCUUUGUGCCGUGUUGUUAAAAAGAAUGAGCAAGGUUUGAAGAUGAGUGAUCCACAAGGUGAGCCUAAAGCCAAAAAGGUCGGAAGUAGCUCGAGCAAUGUGGAUUUCACCUCUAAUGUAGUCUCGAACGAGCCUUCGAACAUCUCAUUUGGCAUGUCUUCUCAAGCAAGUUACCUGUAUAACAAUGGGAAUCAAUAUUCAACUCCUAUUGCGUCUCCUUAUCAAGUCACAACAGUGUCAGAACUUGAGCCAGCUGCUUCACUGGAAAGCAAUCCUCCAAGCCAUUGGAUCUCACCCGAACUAAUUCUUGAUUCCUCAAAGGACUAUCCACAAGUACAUGAAGCUGCAUCUCAAUACUUUCCACAGUAUGAGUAUCCAAGCUCCAUGAAUACAUGGCAGCCAGACACACAGGGAGAAUUCUCGCCGGGUUCAUCAUACUCGAAUUUUACAGGAGAAAUUGAGCUUGCCGAUGAUCUCAGUCACAUUGGGUUCAUGUCACCUUACUCAGAACAUGGAAACUACAUGGGUUUUGGUGGGAAUGAUGACAUGCACUAUCAAGGAUCAGAGAAUUGGAACAAAGCUCCAAUUUGCAGGCAAGCAAGUGGAGAUGGGAGUUUGGGGGAAUAUGGCGGUCUUUGGUCGCAGGAAGACAACAUGGUGAUUGUGAUCUAGGGGUGUACCUCGAGCAAAACAAUCAAGAAGGGGGGUCUCCAAGACAACGCCUUUUAAUGUUUGUUCUUGGGAGGGAAAUAAAGAAUAAAUCCCCUUCCUAUGACUUGUGUUUGGUUAUGUUAUCUUGUUUAGUAGCUAAAUGUUAUUUCAGUUCCUGUUUAUUUAAGUAAGGCUGCACUCCCCCCCGGUGGUAAUCACUUUUAUAGAUUUCACUAGGAGUUGGUUAAUGUCAGUUUGAAUUGUCUACUCUAUGGCUUUAAGUAAGCUUUUUUCAUGGAAGAAGCUUUGAUGUUGUAUAA